AUGGGCAGUAACAAAAGCAAGCAAGCCAAACAAGCGAAAGCAUAUGGGAAGAAUUAUUCGCAAAGACCAGUUCAAACUGUACCAGUAAUUGAACCUCCUAGACCUAAAUCAUCAGAAUAUAAAUUACCAAAAAAACUCGUAGAAACAAUACCAAAAAUAUUACCAGUAUAUAAAUCACGACGUGAUAAACUAUACAAUCCUCAGAGUAAACGACCUCUUGAAUUGUCAUGGCUACAGCAGGGCGUGACUUGCCCGGAAGGAACUAAGGCUUGCAAAGAUGAUAACAAAAAAUGUGCUACAUAUUGUAAUGGAAAUCCUGAAUGUGAUGAUGGUUCGGAUGAGAUUGAUUGUGUCACUAUCGCUACUGGAACAAUUAGCAAUGAAGUUGAUCGCAUUAAUUUUCCUCAAGCAACAACUGAUAUUGUUGAACCAACUCUUCCACAAAUAUCAUUAUUUGCUCAAAUAACUAUGCCGUCAGCUGGACCAAGUACAGCAGAUAAUGCUCUUGAUAAUACGGUUACUGAUGCACCAGAAAAUGCUGCAACAGUAACAGCCAUACUUGCUGAUGGUACAACAAUUGUUUUACCACCUGGAACUACAGCUACAAUCAAUGCUGAUGAAGCUGGUACCGCAACAGUUGAACCGGCUGCUACUGCAACCGGAGCAACUGUUGAUGCAGUCACAGCUGAAGGUGGAACUACAGCUGAUGGAGCUACAGCAACAGCCAUCGACAGUGUUCUUGAAACAUCAACUAUUGUUAUUGUUGAUAAUGGUACUGAUAUAUUUACAUCAAUCAAACCAGGAGACAGUGACUCAGGAAAUGACACAAGUAUUGCUGCUGAAGGAACUACAAGCGCCACUGGUGCAACAGUUGAACUCACUACAGUUGAUGCCUCGUUGACAACAGUGUUUGAUAACGAAACAUCAACAGAAAGUGCAGGUAGUGCCGGUACAGAAGCAUCACAAAUAACAACAAUAGAUCAAGGUGAAGCAGAUGCCGGAGAAUAUGAAGAUGACGAAAACGAAGGUGAUAAACAACCACAAGCGACAACUGUCGUACCUGGAGACGAUGAAGAAGAUGACGGCGUUGACGAGGAUAAUGCGAAACCCGAAACAACGCCAAUAACAACAACAACAUCAUCUCCAAGAGUAGUACGCACAACACCAGCUUCAUCAGAUGAUGAUGUUGCGUAUUAUGAUGAGAAUGAUGAAGAAGAGGAAAAUACAAAUCCCAAAGGUCCAUCAGACCCAAAUGCAAAAAGACCUACUCCAGCACCAGCACCAGCACCAGCACCAGGUGGUCAAGUUGAACUUCGUGUUGUUAUCAAUCCAGAUGUCAUUCAAGUUCAACGUGGUCGAACAGUUGAAUUAGCUUGUACUGUCUAUGGAGCUGAUGCAAAUACCAAUAUUUAUUGGAUUCAAGAUGAACCUGAACGCCGUUAUGCUCUAACAGACCCACCCGGUGCUGAUAACGAUAGACAAGUAACAGCUGCACAAGUUAUUUUACGAUCACGUCUUACAAUCGAUGAUGGAAGUAAAAUUGGAAAAUAUACAUGUAUGGCACAAGAUGCUGCUGGCAAUACUGGCUCAGCUACCCUUACUUUAUUAGAAGGUGCUUCUUAUUAUCCACAACCUGAUAGUUCACAAUCUGGUCAUUCACAUGGUGCUUACCCACAACCUGGCUAUCCACAUCCUGUUUAUCCAGGAGGAGUUGCACCAGGACCAAGCGCUGGUGGUCAGUAUUUACGUAUUGUUGCACCAGAUAUGACUGAUGGUGAUUAUGUUGAAAUUCAAUGUGAAGGUGCCGCACCAGACGAUGAAGCCCGUAUUCAAUGGUUCUUCAAUAAUCGACAAAUUAAUGAUGAACAACCACUUUAUCCACGUGGUAAAACUCUUCAUAUUCGACCAAUUUCACGACCUUACUUGGGCAAUUAUCGUUGUCAUGUUCCGGAUAGCAGCUAUGUUGAUGCAAACAGUGUUUUGACAUUCGGAGGUGCAGCCCCAGCUCCAGCUCCAGCUCCAGGACCAGUUUACCCAAGUCAACCAAGUUAUGGAUGUGGUAUUGAUGAAGCAACUUGUCGCAAUGGUCGAUGUAUACCUCGUGCCUAUCUCUGCGAUGGUAAAAAUGACUGUGGUGACAAUAGUGAUGAAACUUGUGGACCACCUGAUGGAAGUGGUACUGAUGUUUGUCAACCAAAUGAAAUUCGUUGUUCAGAUGGUAGUCGAGGACGAAAAUGUGUUCAGAAAUUUUGGAUGUGUGAUGGUGAUCGUGAUUGUGAUGAUGGAACUGAUGAACAACAACAUUAUUGUGAAUUACUUCCACGACAAAACUAUUGUAAACCAAGUGAAUUUCAAUGUACCGGUACCAAUGGUACAAAUGGAAAUCCAGUAUGUAUUCCACGAUCAUUUCAAUGUGAUGGUUAUAAUGAUUGUCCAGAUCGUUCAGAUGAAGUUGGCUGUGUUAAACCAACAAUUACUGAAACACCACAACGUCAAAUUCAAAUCAAUGCUGGUCAAACAUUAACUAUCCAAUGUAUUGCUCGUGGUUCACCAGCACCAUAUAUCAAUUGGCGUCUCAAUUGGGGACAUAUCUGUGGUGAUGGUUCAGAUAAUGGACGAUGUUCAAUGGCACAAACUUUAAAUCCUAAUGAUGCAAGUAUUGUUACUGGUACACUUACAGUUCGUAAUUGUCGAUUAAGUGAUGCUGGUGCUUAUUCAUGUGAAGCACUCAAUAAUCAAGGAUUUAUUUUUGCUAUUCCGGAUGCUAUUGUUAAUGUUGUUAUUCAAGGAGGUGAAGUACCAGAACCAGAAAGAGCACCAUGUAAUUGUAAUGGUCAUUCAACACAAUGUUCACAAUAUGGACAAUGUCUUAAUUGUCAACACAACACCGCCGGUCAAAAUUGUGAAUACUGCGCUCCAGGUUAUCAAGGAGAUGCUCGUCGUGGCACACCACAAGACUGUCAAUAUAUCCAACCAGUUUCAGGUCCAGCAGGAGAUUGUGAUCCAUCUGGCACACAUAUGAUCCGUGGUGAUCGUUGUAUCUGCAAAUAUAAUGCUGAAGGAGCACGUUGUGAUCAAUGUAAACGUAGUCAUUUCUAUUUGAAUCCAGUAACACCAAAUGGUUGUUUACCAUGUUUCUGUUCGGGUGUAUCAAGCGAUUGUCAAUCAUCAGAUUGGAGACGACAAGCUGUUUCUCUUCCAUUGAGUAAUUUUAAUGCUGUACCAAAGAAUUUUGCUACUGAUCGAUAUGAAGCUGGUGAUAAAAUUCAAAGACGUCAUGGUGGACAUGAAAUUGCUCUUGAUCAAAAUUCAUUGGGCCGAGGAGCUAAUGAAGUUCUCUAUUGGAAAGCACCAAAAGAAGUUCUUGGUGAUGUUGUUACAUUAUAUGAUGGUAAUAUUGAUAUUCAUUUUACAAAUGAUGGUAAAGAUAAUGAAGCACCAAGUACCGAUGAUCUCAUCUGGCUUCGUGGUAAUAACAUUGAUCUUGUGCAUAAAGUCCCACAAACACAUCGAUUCAAAGCAAAUACAAAUGCUACUUAUACCGUAGCAUGUAAUGAGAGAACAUUUACACGUAAAGAUGGUACACAUAUUGAUCGAGAAAAUAUUCUUAUGGCAUUAUCAGAUUUGGAUACUUUACUUAUUAAAGUAAAUCCAAUUGGUGGUCGACGUAAUGCUGCCCUUCGUGGUGUUACAUUAAACGUUGCUGCUCGUGAUGGUUAUGCUGAUGCUGCACCAACAGUUGAAUCAUGUCAUUGCCCAGCUAAUUAUACAGGUACAUCAUGUGAAAAAUGUGCUGAUGGUUAUGGUCGUCCACAUCCAUUGGUUGGUAUCUAUUUGGGACAAUGUUGGUCUUGCCGAUCAGUAUGUCAUGAACGAUCAGAUCAAUGCGAUCGUGAUACAGGCAAAUGUUCGAACUGUCAAGGAAACAGUGAAGGUGAUCGAUGUGAACGAUGUCGUGCAGGUUAUGUACUUGAUGGAUAUAACAAUCAAUGUGUUCCAGAGGGUCAACAACCAGGAUAUCCAGUACAACCACCUUAUCAACCACCAUAUCAACCACCUACGCAAGAAACAUAUUAUAUCCAUGGAAGACCAUAUGAUCCACAUGGAUUACCAUUACCAAUUGUUUUAGAUCCUAAUCAACCAGAACAACGUAUUCCAAUUCAACUUCCAAAUUCUCAAGCACAAUCGGUUGUUUGGGGUCGUACAGAUGGUAGUCCAUUACCAGGAGGUGUUGUUCAAGAAGGCAAUGAUCUUGUUAUUCGAAAUCCACAUCCUGAUCAAGCAGGAAGCUAUAUUUGCACAAUUACUCAUCCUGAUGGCCGCCAAGACCGAAUUGCUGUUCAAUUAGACCAUCCACAUGGUCAUCAAUUCCCAGGUCAAGCUGGACCUCAACCUGAGGUUGCUCCACAUCGACCUCAACCAAUUGGAGGUGGUCCACCAAAAAUAACUAUUCGACCAGCAGUUAUUAAUUUGAAAGAAGGUCAACGUAUGAUUGUUCAAUAUUCAGUAUCUUCACAUGAACCAAUUGAAGUUGUAUGGGAAAAAUUAAAUGAUCGAGCUGGUUAUCAACCAAUUCCAUCAUUAUUUACUGUUUCACAAGAUCGUCUUGUUCUUGAUCGUGCUGUACCAGAAGCAGCUGGUAAAUAUCGAGUUAUUGUACGUAAUUCACAUGGUGAAGAUAGACAAGAUUUACAAAUUAAUGUCACACCAAGACGCGGUCGAGGUGCACCACAAGUUCGUUUCGCACAAAACCAAUAUGACGUUGGUUAUGGUGAAACAGUUGAUAUUCAACCAGAUGUUACUGGUGGAAGUGGAGCAACAAUGACAUGGACAAAAGAUGGUUCAACAAGUUUACCUAAUGGCGUAACUGUUGGUGACGGUGGUUUCUUACGUAUUACUGGUCAAUCAGCAGAUGUUGCUGGAACAUACAACCUUGACGUUUUGAAUGCUCGUGGUCGUGUAUCAUCACCAGUUUAUAUUCAAUGGAGAGAAGCAUCUAACCAGCAAGGUCAUUAUGCUUCACAAUAUCGACGAGUUCAAUGGAAUGUCCAUCAACUUGAUUUAAAUGAAGGACAUCGUCUUGAAGCUGUUUGUCGAACAGAUGUUGAUCCAUCAACACUUCGUUUGGAUGUAACACGUCAAAAUAAACAACAAAGUGAACGUGUACCACUAGGUCUUUCAUUUUCAAAUGGUUAUUUAUCAUUGGGUGCUGUUACAAAACAAGAUAAUGGACUUGAAUUUAUCUGCUCAUCAGGAGAUACUUCUGAUAUUUUAGUGCUACGCGUUCGCUCAUCGAGCGAUGGUGGUCAAUAUGGUUCUCAAAGUCAUGGUGACCAACAUGGUUCACAAAGUCAUGGUGGUGUACAUCUUCAAGCACGUGACGAAAGUAGUCAUGUUGUAGGACGUGAUAUUACUAUACAAUGCGCAGUUAACGUAGCUGCUGAACGUCCAUAUGAAUUUAGAUUUACAAAAGAUGGUCAAGAUUUACCAAACAAUGUUGAAGUACAUCCUGAUGGUUUAUUGAUUAUUCGUAAUGCUCAAGCUGAAGAUGCUGGUCGUUAUCGAUGUGAAGUUACCUUCCCAAGCUCACCAGCAACUGGAACACAAGAAAGUAGUUACGAUCUUCGAUUUGAUGGAGCUCAUGGUGGUGAACGCUCACAACACGGUCAACAUGGUGGUGACCAUUCACAAUACGGCCAACAAGGUGGUGACCAUUCACAAUACGGCCAACAUGGUGGUGAACAAUCACAACACGGUCAAUAUGGUGGUGAACACGCCCAACACGGUGGUGAACACUCACAACAAGGUCAAUUUGUUGAAGUAACUGUAGAACCAUCAGAAGUAAACCUUCGAGCUGGUGAACAAGCAACUAUUACAUGUCAUGUUAAAGGUACUCAACAAUAUAAGGUAACAUGGGGCAAAUAUUCACAUGAUACAAGCCUCCCUAGUUAUGCACGUCAAGAAGGAGAUAAAGUCAUAAUAACACCAACUGCUGAUUCACCUGCUGAACAAAUGUACUUUCAAUGUCAAGUUGAUGUUCCAGGUCAAGGUCAACCACAUCAUGCUUAUGCACCGGUCAAUAUUCGUGGUGGAGAUGAGUCGACUAUUUUUCGUAGACCGAAAUUAUUAAUUGAACCAUCGACACAUAUUCGAAUAUCCAAAGGAGACAAAUUACUUAUAAGAUGUUUUGAUCCAUAUGAAGCUUAUAGAACAACAAUUCGUUGGUUUAGAAAAUAUGGCACAUUAUUAAUACUAUUAAGUAGACAUGUAAAUGGUAUUCUCGAGUUUGAUUCAAUAUCUGAUUUGGAUAUUGGUCAAUAUGUUUGUCGAGGAAGAAAUCGUGUUGGUUUCACUGAAGAAAUAGUUACAGUUGAGUUUCUUGAAACAAAAUCUCCACCAUCUAUUGUAAUUGCACCAAAAUUACAUAAUGCUUAUCUUCAAGUACCAUUACAUUCAACUCAAACAAUCGAAUGUCUCAAUCAAGAUAAUACUUCAUCAGUAGAUAUCACUUGGCGUCGAGUGGAUGCCGGUGAUUUAAAUCUAUCAAGAACAACACAGCUCUUUCCACCGAAUAUGCCAUUAGAAUUUACACAUAAUGGUAUAUAUAUUUGUACAGCUACAAAUAAAUAUGGAUCUACUUCGAAAAAUAUAACUAUCGAUGUUCAACAGAUUAAACAUGAAAUAUCAAUCGAUAUUGAACCUACGGAUAUAUUUCCUAUUGAUAGUGAAAUACGUUUUUAUUGUAAAUUACCACAAUCACAACGAAUUUGGUGGUCAUCAAUAAAUCAUCAUCGACGAGAAAAUAAUCCACUUCGAAUUCAUCUAGGAUUAAAUUCUACUAAUAAAAAAUUUAUUUGUCAUGCAAAAGAUAUCCAUGGAAAAAUACAUCGAAAAAUAGUUCAUAUUCAACGUUAUUCACACGAUCAAUUAAUGGCAGUCGUUAUAAAUAAUAAAAUACGAAGAAAUUUUCGAGAAAAUAUACCAAAUUUAAAACCAUUCAAAAUUUAUAUUAAAUUAAUUACUCCUUCCGAUGAUAUCAAACAAGAAGAAGUUGUUGAUAUUUAUUGUUACAAUAACGGUGUAUCUAACAACUUGUCUUCAUCACUUCAAUCAGAUUUAUUACCAAGCAAUAAACAUAUGAUAAAUAAUGGUCAUUUAUUCAUUUAUAAAUUCGAUGGAUAUAAUUUAGGAAAUUAUAUCUGUUCAGUCAAUAGUUCUGCUAAACAUCUAACACGAUCUAUUGAUUUUCAAACAGAUAAUGCGUCUAAUUCUAGUGAAUCAUUACUUUCAUUUCAAAUCUAUUCAUCACGAGCUGAUUAUCAUUUUCGUGGUCGUUUUCUUAUUGAAUGUAUUACUUCAAAUCCAGAUAUUUCCAAAAUAUGGAUAAAACAUCGAAAAAAGUUUACAAAAAAUAUAACCAAACCUUUUCUUUUUAUUAAUAAACUUAGUCGAGGACAUAUUGCGCAUUAUCAAUGUUUAUCAUCAUAUAAAAAUCAACAAUCAUCAAUUGAUUUUAAUAUAACACGAUUAAAUCUUCUUACACAUGUAUUUCCAUUAGAAGAUACUUCGAAUAUUCGUAUUGAAUUUCUUUCAUCAAUCAAUCAAAUGAAACUUAAUGGAAAUAUUCUUAUUAAUUGUUCAUCAUCUGAUGGAACACUUGGCGAAUGGAGAAUCAACAAACAAAUCAAUGGAAUUAUAAUUAAUAAUUCUUAUCUUAAUAUUCCGAAAUUUUCUACUGAACAUUUUAAUCUUUACUAUUGUGUAAAUAAUUUUACACAAAAAAUUCUAUCAUUAUCGGAAAUUUUAUUUGAUUCAAUAACAAAUUACAUUCAAACAAAUGAUUCAUUUAUUGAAAUGAUUCAAGGAAAAUAUAUUGGAGAUAAUAUUACGUUAAUUUGUCGUAUUGGACAAGAUAUUUCACAAGGAAAAGUUAUUUGGUCAAAUAUUCCAGUACGUUCAAACCAUUUUUACAUUCGUGGACCACGUUUAGAAUUUCGUCCAUUUCAAGUUGAACAUCAUAAUCAAUAUAUAUGUCGUAUUCAAUCACGGCAAUCGAAUGAAAUUUUACGUACAUUAACAUUUAAUACAUAUAGAAAUAUUUUUGAAAACGAUGAUAGAAAACCAAAAAUGAAUUUAACAAUUGAUUCAUCACGUUUAUUUUAUAAUUAUGAACUUAGACUUUUAUGUACUACAGAUAGUUCAAAUAAAUAUCAUCAAUGGAGAAUCAAUGGUGAAAUACCAACAUCAAAAAUUUAUUAUGAAAUAUUAAUGAAUGGUCAUACAUCUGUUAUGGUUAUUCGUGAUUUUGAUUUCAGAUAUAAUUCAGGCAGAUAUGAAUGUUUAACAAAAAAUAGUUUUGGUACAACAAUCAAAAAUAUUGAUAUUGAUGAAAAGAUUUUAUUAUCAAAAUGA